AUCUUAGCCCGGCAUCAUCCAAACCAGGCAACUCACAUCAACCAGGCCCACGCGUCGCUGCCCCUCCUGCUCCAAAGUCAACCAGAAUGAGUAACAGUGCCUCAAAAGUCACUGCAAGAGCUCAGCAGCAGCUGACCUUCCUGGAGACACGGAAGAAGCAACUGAUGCAGGCUGCCCUCAGAGCGAAGCAGCAAAAUGACAUUGAGGGUGCUAAGAUGUUCUUGCGCCAGGCAAAGGGUCUGGACCCCAUGAUUGAGGCCUCCCAGAAUGGGCUCCCAGUUGACAUAACAAAGGUACCUCAGGCCCCUGUGAAUAAGGAGGACUUCACGCUUGGGCAGCGACGUGGAGCCAUCAUCUCUCCAGAAACGGCUGCCCAAUAUGCAGAGCUUGUGAAAUUGAUGAGGCAGCAGCAUGAGGUAAGGGAGCAAACGUUGAAAAUGCUAUCACCUCUUCUGCCAUUGCAGUUAAAUUAA